AUGACCUCCGAAGAACUCCCCAAGUUACUCCAGCCCAACCACAAUAUUGGUAGAGCGCUAGCAACCUUCGAAUUCGACUCGCCAGUAUCCUCAAGACGAGGCUCUCGAUCUGCGCUAAGUUCACCUCGAAGCUCGCGUCCAGCAUCACCGCGCUCGGAAAUAGCAACCCCUACUACCGACGCCUCAAUAUCAACACUCCGGAUCCAGUCACCUAGUCACGAGGCACCUCCUCGACAUCAAAUACUUGGUCUCAAAAUCCAAUCUGAGGAACUACCUCUAGUCAUCUGCUUUCGUGGCUCUGGCGAUUCAUGUCGUCGCUCAUGGCUGCCGCUUGCACAGGCCUUGUCUGAGAACUACCGAGUUCUUCUGUACGAGCGACCGUCCAAAAUCACUCCUGCGGAGUCCACAGCCGAGCUUAUAACGUACCUCGACAAAGAGGGCCUGCACGGUCCGUAUGUCCUAGUAGCCCACUCCCACGGUGGAGCAUAUGCUCGGUGCUUCCUACAUGAGCGCCCCAAAGACGUCGCCGGCAUGGUUCUCGUUGAGACGGGCCAGGAGGCGACCUGGGAUGAGAAGAUCCAGGACGAGCAGGAAGACGACCACAUCCUCGGCAACCGGCCUCUUGUUGUCGUCAAAGGCAACAGCCUGCUGCACAAAUGGCGCCAACUCGACGACCGGGAGAAACGGCUCAAGGACAAGGCCACACAUGGCGAGGUGGCCAGCGAGGGCGAGAAGGCCAGCUUGAUGAUCACACGCAACGAGAUGGGAAAGUGGGAGAAGGAAGACACAAAGCUGAAGAAGCGGCAGCUGCGGCUGUCAAAGAGGCACCGCUUCGUCAACCUCCUCGACGUAGGCCAUCAUGUGGUGCGAGACAAGCCAGAGCGUGUCGCGGAGGAGGUGGAGUGGGUUAUGGCGAACCUGGCCGGUGCCGAUAAGAGUGGCAGGAGCAGUCGGAGCAGCAGUCGCAGGCCCAGCGUGGAGAUGGAUCGGGAGCGCCAGAGCAGCGUGUCGUCGUGGCUCAGGAAGGCGAGUCUGGCGUUGACGCCCAAGGCGGAGAAGGAGAAGAGAACAGCCUCGAGUCGGUGA